ACACACAACAACAUAGAAAAACCAACCAUAACAGAACGGAACCAACAAUGAGAACUCAACGGCAACACCAUCUCCUCCUUUCCCUCCUCAUCUUCGCAACCGCAUUCUCACACUUUUCCGCCACCGAAAACUCCGGCGCAAUUACCGCCGGAGACGACGGCGACACCGAUUUCAUCCUCAGGAAUUGCAACACCACGCUCUACCCCGACGUCUGCUUCAAAUCCCUCUCUCGCUACGCCAAUGCGGUCCAACAGAACCCCCGCCAGCUCGCUCGCGUCGCCAUCUCCGUGUGCCUCUCGAAGGUCCACCGCACCGCCUCCUACAUCACCAACCUCACGCGCGAGGCCGACUACAGCAGCAACUCACGCGCCUCCAUGGCGCUGCACGACUGCUUCUCAAACCUCGGUGACGCCGUGGACGAAAUCCGCGGCUCGCUGAAACAGAUGCGCCAGAUAGGAGCGGCCGGCGCGGGCUCCGGCUCGUUCCUCUUCCAGAUGAGCAACGUGCAGACGUGGAUGAGCGCCGCGCUCACCGACGAAGAGACUUGUACGGACGGGUUCCAGGACGUAGCGGAUUGUCCCGUGAAAACGGAUGUAUGUGAUCGCGUCACCAACGUGAAGCAGUUCACCAGCAUUGCCUUGGCGCUCGUGAAUACAUAUGCCAACAAGGGACCUUAAGUUUACCAUGAUACGUGUUAUCGUUACUUACCGUCCGAUUUAAUUACUUUCGAGUUUGAGGUGAAGAAAAAGGUUAAAGAAUAGGUUUUAUUAUUACUGCAAAGCAGAAACAAAAAAAAAAGGUCUAGUGUGUGUGGCAUGUGAAUCCUUUUUUGUAUGUAAAUUUUGGUUAAUUGCUGAAGGGUCACGCUAGAUAAAAAAGUGAAGAAACACAUCACUUUGUGUGACAGAAAGGAGAGUGUAGAUACAUGUUUGAAAAUGCAAAAAAAAAAAAAAGAAGAAGAAGAAAAACACAAGAAAAAAAGUGAAAGUAGUGUGUGGAGUAAAUAAACUAGUGUUUUGUGUCGUGGAUUAAUGUUUUUAACAAGGAUAAAACUUUUAGGUUUGUGUUAUAUUCAUAUUAUCUAUAUAAUUUUAGGAUUACAGUUUAAUCUCCUCUGAUUGGUUUUGUUAACUUUUGUUUAACUCGGUUAUUAGUUAAUUUGUUGAAGUUAGCGACUUUCAAUCUUUGGGCCAACAAUAGUCAUAACACUGAU